AUGGGAAAAGUAAUCCUGCUACUGUCUAUUGUCCUGUGUGUGACUGCGUAUACGAUCGCAUUGCCAAGAUUGGAAAUGGAAGAGCCUAAGUAUGAACUAAUAAGGGAAAAUGAAGCCUUAAGCUGCAAAGAAGACUCUGAUUGCCCACAGCCUAAAUGUUUCCAGCGCUGCUCCUACUUUGCAUGUGAAAAUAGCAUAUGUGUUUUAAAGCCCCCAAAGAAGGAGGCUUGUGUAGUUGGAGGGUGCUCUGGAGAGCUUUGUGUCAGUGAAAUUGAGGAUACAGUUUCUAACUGCUUGUGGAAAGAGCAUUAUAGAUGCUAUGCAGAAUAUGGAAACUGCAUUGAAGAAAAUGGGACCUGCAAAUGGGAAGAAACAUAAAUAAAAUGGCAUUCGGUUCGAGAGAAAUUGGCUCUGCCAAUUUUCUCUCCCUCAUGGAAUUUUAUUUAUGGGGUUGGGUUUUUUCUCUCGAGAACUUCUGCACAGCAAUAGUCGUUUAACUUUGGGGAUAACCAAAGGCACGACUCCUCAGUGCACUCAAGAUUUCGGAGUUUUACCUCUCAGCACGUCCCCACGGGAGGAUGACCCUUAGGCGGAACACGCGCAGGAGCUGAGUCUGGACGAGCGACGGCAACGCGCCGGGUGAGAUGUGCGGCGAUUUAUCUGGCGACUAGCCUCAUAGAAGGCUUGGGUGUGGGCUGACCACAUAUUCCAAGAUGGCUUGGUGACAUCACUAGUUGUCGCUUUGACCCUUUUUCAUUAAGGGGUGUGGGCACUAGACACCUUAAAAACUAUGUAACUAACUAACUAACAAAUGGGAAGAAACAAGAGAACUUCAGAAAUGUAUUGAAGAUGAAAGCUAA